GCCUCGGCUGUCAAUCACUGGGUCCCGGCCUGUGAUUACUCGCCGGCACCUGGUGAUCACCGAGUAUCUCUGACGGGGGAGCGAUCUGUGUAUAAACAGAUCUCUCCCCUGUCAGCUCCUGCACACUGCUUUGUAUGGCUCUGCAUAGCACAGCCAGUGAAACACACACACAGCCAACAAAGUAAAACAGCACACAGUUAACCCUUUGAUCGCUCCACAUGUUAACGCCUUCCUGCCCAGUGCCAUUAGUACAGUGUCAGUGCUUUAUAUUAGCACUGAUCACUGUACUGGUGUCACUGAGGAUGUCAGUGUCACCAGGUCAGUUCCCCCCAGUGUCAGAAUGCCCGCCACAGUCCCGCU